AUGUUCAUUAGCAGAGCGGGUCAUCCAGUUGCCAUAAAAGCAUCAUCAAAUCUCAAUUUGGUGGGAUUUGACAUCAAUGCUGAGAACAAUCAGAGAUACUUCCUUGCAGGUGAGGAAGACAAUGUGAUAAGUCAGAUACAUAAACCAGUGAAAGAGCUUGCAUUCCCUGGAUCAACUCAAGAGGUAGAUAUGCUACUAGAGAAUCAGAAACAAUCUCACUUUACAAAUGCUCAACCUCAAGAAAGAGAAAGAGGAAACCAAGAAAUAAAGGACCAUCUUUACUCAAUUUUAGGUUCUUUUUAA